UGUGAAGAUUCAUUAUGUAACGUUUAAAGGAACAAAAAGUGAGAUUUGUACAAUUGCCUCCUAAUCAUGUUCUUAAUUUAACGAGUCAGCUUCAAGAACAAAAGAGGGGUGCAGUUUAUAUUAAUCGUCGUCCUUGUCGCUCUGGAGUCUUCAAAUCACCAAAGUAAAACAAGGGUUUUGAACGCUAAAAUCUUCUGCGGCAAUGUCAGCGGUCUUCCACCUAACCAGACGCUCCCAGAAACUCUAGCGUGAUAACAGUCUUCGCGGCAAACUUCGAUUUGCCAUAUUCCACACUGUUGGGUCUGUGGUCUUUGAGUAUGAAGUCGUUAGUGUUCGUUAAUGAUGUCCAACUUUAGCAACAAUAAUCUUCUGGGGAAUCAGAAGAGGCGUAAUUUUAUCUACAAUCCUGUUGCAACUCGAUCAAGAGACAGCAGUGCGUUUACAGGUCUACCCGGGAGUUCAACAAGCAAUGGAGUUCAGCCACGAGCCAACAUCAACCACGAGUCUCCGUACAAAAAAUUCAAACGUUCUCAUUGUUUGUCCGAUAAAAGGGCUGAGGAGAUAGCUGCGGAGGAAGCAUGUCGCGAUCUUCCUCUUGAUGUUUUUGAUGAAGAGUUUGAUGCUUUAGAAGAUGAUUGCGAUGAAGAACUUUUGACAGCAGCUGAACAGCUUGAUGAAUGCGAUCGGGCUGCAUCCAUGAAGCUGGAAGCCCAGAGGAUUAAUCCUGCCGAGUUGACUUCCAAUGUACCCUUGAGAAACGAAAAUUUCAGCUCUGCCAGUAAAGAUGUAUUUUAUUCUUCGCGUCUAUCCCCAGCAGAUUGUUCUGAUGAAAAUGAUGACACUAAGAAUACUCAAGAAUAUGUUGUUAAUACAUCCCACUCCAGUUUGAGUGACACAGUGGGUUUUCCUUUCAACAGUACUAGAGAAUUUCGAGCGCCAAUUGUGACACAUCCAGAAGAGGAUGCUAGUGUGAAAUAUGCCAAACCAUUGACGAAAGGUGACUCGGUGUUGCUUUCAUUUAUUGACCAAUGUAAUGGAUCAGUUUCCUUAGCCAGCGAUCACACAAGAGCAAACAGUGUUGGUAAAAUGAACAUUCUUAACAGCAGCAGCAGCCGCAAUACUACUGUGACAAGUCACCCUGAAGACGGGCAAAUGGAAAAUUUGAGAAAGGAGAUUGAAAGAUUAAAAGCAGAUUUUGCUGCUGCCAGCUCAAAGGUGAAAUCACUGGAAGAGGAGAAAUUCGGCAAAGAUGGAGAGAUCAAGAUUUUGCGGGAUUCCCUUGAGCAUUAUCAGGCUGACGAGAAGAGGAGGCAAGGGGAAGAAAGAGCUGUGCAAGAGCAACAGGCCAGAGAACAAAGCCAACAUGAAAAGGAAUUAGAGAAACAAGUUGAAAACUUAACUACUCAAAUUCGGUUCAAAGAACGAGAAAUUUCACAAAUGAUUGAGCAAAACAAGAAAAGGACGGCUUCUUUGACUGAAGGCAGUAACAGUAGUCCUAAAAGGAAGACUUUCAAUCUGAGUGAAGUUUUUCCAACAGGCACUUCAUUUUUCCAGAAAACAUCUCCAGAGACCCAAAACAAGUCACCCAGGUGUAUAAAGCAGAGCUCAAAAGAUUUGAAAACUCAAAACAGACAGAACUCACAAAGACUUUCUGAGGGAGAGAAUUCUGAAAAUUCAGUAGUAAGUGACAAUUCCAGUAGCUCACCUUCUCUAGAGAGGAUGAAAACACAGCAAAGGGAAACAAAUAUCAGUGAAAAAGAAAUUGUGCAGCUUCAUGUUCAGAGUACACUUGAAGUUGAACUUGUUCAAAACCUUUUAGCGCCACAUGAAAAAGAAUUGCAUCUUCUUCAUGAUCCAGAAAACAAAACUUUCAAUGAAGGCAGCAUUAUUUCACUUCUGUCUCUUGAUAGACCUUUUGCAAACUCUCAUCCUGCUUUGCAAAAAACAACUCUCACUGAAACAAAUGUCUCACAUACUCUGCGGCUAUUUGAAACUCAAGGUACCUCAAAAAUGCAGAGAUCUAUGGGCACUGUAACACAGAAAGAUUGUUCAAUUAGCGGUGAUAACACUUUCGUGAUGCAAACUUUGUCUGAGCUUUUAAAUCAAUGUCAAGUAGACAGUGACUUGAAAGGCACGACACCAACAUCAAAAUUGAAAGCUCAUCGUGAUGGUCAUUUACCUAAAGCUGUCAAUUUCGUUCCUUUACUCGAGUGCCACAUUUUGCAUUACAUUGAACAGAGAACAGAAACGAGUGAUGACAACAUCCUAAGCACUUGUUUGCCCAGAGGCUCUCCAACACAAGAUUUUUCAGAACUGAAGGAUGGCUUGGGGUGUGAAAGUGAACAUGCUAAGAAUCUUGCCACCUUGCAGACAACAGCUUUAGUUGCACUGAGACUUCUAAACAUUCUUGUGCUGUACAGCUAUGAAGUUUGUGAGUGCAUUUUAAAGUCAGCCAGAGCAUAUAGUGAUAGCAGUGAAGAUGACGAUGUCAAAGUUAUGGAAAGAAAAGGCGAAACAACGAAGAAGAAGAUAUUUUCAAGUAAAGAAGUUGAAGGCUUUUCUCAGCAUCCACUGUUCACAAGUCAUAAUAUUGCCAUCAAAAAAAGUGCAGGUGUAAGUUCACACAGUUCAGAUUCCAGCAAGCAAAUGGUAGAAGUUACUACUUUGAAAGAGGAAGGAAAGAGUGAGCCUAUUGUUCAACAGACAGAACUGCUGGGUUACUUAUUCAAAUUGUUGACACCUCACCAGAGAGAAUCUAUGAGUGUUGUUUUCACUGCUCUACAAGUCUUAACAUCUUUGGCACAAAACUGUGAAGCCAAAUUCUACCCAAGAAUGCUGCCAUUACUGUCUGACAGUCUGCUGUCUCAGUGUCUGUCUAGAGACUGGAGUCUCAAUUCUCUGUCUUUGGUCACGUUGCUCCUUACUCCUCUAACAAGACACAGUGGUAUUCUGAAAAGACUAUGCUCUAAGUCAGAUGACUGUGUCUUACUCAAGAUUUAUCAGGGAUGGAGUUUCACACCUGAUGAUGUUCCUGUCAUUCGUUAUCAACAAGUUCAUUUACAGAUCGUUGGCUUUGUUAAUAACCUGCUGAAAAACAAUGACUCGUCAACCUUAUUAUUUCCUCUGGAGAGUGAAUGCCAUUGCAGUCUUGAGCUCAUCAAAUGCCUUGUGUUGAUGCUGAACAGAGUAGUCAACUCCCUCGGCAAUUCUUCAGCUGAGUCUCUAAUUAAGCAUGCAAAAGACAGCUUUAGUCUGGUGUUGUUGCGGCAGGGUGUUUUCUUAUUGUCUACUUUAUGUCUCAAUGAUCGUCUUUUUGUUGAGCAUCGAGUUGAAGUGGAGCAUCAGUAUAUUCAUGUUGUCAGCAGUGUAACGAGACUUUACAAGCAGAUUGCUGCUGUAAUUUCAGAGGCUGAAGUUCUUGCUGUUCAAGAACUUGUGGAUUUUGAGCACGUUGAUGGAAUUGAAUGGUCACAGGAGUCCGAAGAUGAAGAAGAUGAAAAUGUUGAGGGGAUGGAUGUUGUUGAGUGAAAGAAAAAAAAAAACUGUUAAAUAAACUGUGGACAGGAGUAAUAGUUUAAAGCUAAAGCAGAAAGGUUGAUGCCUUAGCUUCAUUAGUUUUACACUUGUCUAAAAUUAAACCAGGUGGUAUAGUCCGGUCCAGUGCCUUACAAGUGACAUACUUGCAAUGUAUUGAUCACCAUUUAAGUCCCUCACUGAUCAACAUCCAUUUUACUGCAGAAAACUAUUGAACAAAACCAUCAACAAAUGAUACUUAAUCUUACAUUUUUCAUUUUUGAGUUCCUGUUAAUAAAGGUUACCAUAUACCUUAAGAUCACUUUUAGAGGUGUGUCACGUCCAAGGGAUGUAGCAUGUUCGGUUUGAACUGUAGAUGCCUAAACCCCUAUAUCAAAUUAAAGCUUAUAGAGCUGGCUAUCACACUAUACCAAGAAUUUUGAAACAAAAUAUAUUGUCAAAUUUUUUGCAACCUUGAAAUGUGAGGGUUGGAAUUAUCAUAUGGGUAACUUAUGAAAGCUACAAGUCAAAGGGAAUUUGUCCAUUUGAUCUCAAAUUUGGACAGUGGCUAGGUUGUCAUAUAAACAAAAAAUGUGUCUGGGAAUUUUGUAUUUCCAAAUAGUCUUUCUCCGAAAGUGAUUUUUCUAUGGCUACUCCAUAUUUUUUUAAUCCUAUUUCGAAAAGUUCUGCAAAUUUUCACUGAGAACGAAAAUGCCAUAUUGCAAACAUCUUUCUCUAGCACUUUUGGUCCGGAAACUGAAGAACAAAUUAAAUAAGUGAAAAACAACAUUCGCUUCAAUUUGUAGCUCUCAGGAGGUGAUUUGGACGCUUGCAAUUAGGGGUCAUAAAAAAUUCAACAAUUCAUUUUAUUUCAAAAUUCUUGGUAU